AUGGUUUCUCCAGCCAGUGGGAAACGCCGACUGCGCGCCUCCAAGGCGUGUCAGAGAUGCAGUCGGCGCAAGGUCAAGUGUGAUGUUGCUGAUCUGGGCUGCCCUUGCAGCCGCUGCCGCAUGGAUAACAUCACCGAGUGUACAUUGGUAACCUCCCGUCGAGGCACCUAUGACCGAACAAGCUUUCGACGACAGACAGUGAGGACUGCACCAUCUGCAUCAUCAACGUCACCACCGCCAACGUUACAGCCAUCAUCGCAGGUUCCUGAAGCUAUCCUGACUGCAUCGUCAACCCGGUCAACUGCAUCGAGCGUCCGGAGUCCCGUGCAGGGUCUGCCCUCGCGCCAGUUCGUGAGCGAAGAAAACCGUCCAAACUCCACUUUCGCAGCAGACCGGCCGGAGAUCAUUUCAAAUAUGGAACAACCAGUCAGCGAUCCUCAUGCUGUAGAUUUGACGCGUCCGCCUGAUAGUGCACCAUCAGCCUCCGCGACAGACCUGUCGGAUCACCGAUCACUAUCAACAAGGUUCGAAGAAUUCCUCGGCCAGGUGGGGCACCGAAGUUUGUGCAAUCCGAAGCUAGUUUUGUUCGGAGAGCCUUCACCUUUAACCUUUGCCCUGAAGCUGCAGAAAGGCAUCCACUCGGAUCUCCAUGAUGCGAGCCAACGCGCCUUAACUAGUGAUUCGCUGACUGUUGUCGAGGACAAUGUUCAUCCGGAACACCUACUUCCGCAUGACGUUGACUGUUUGAAAGCAAAGGGGGCGUUCAUUUACCCGGAGCCGAACAUUCUGGAGGAGAUGAUCAACGCUUUUCUGGAGCAUUUCUACCCUUUAUACUCCGUCGUGGAUCCAAUAGAUCUGCGCAAGGCGCAGCAAGAGCGGAAACUGCCAUGGAUCCUGCUUCAUUCAAUCUGUUUCGUCGCAAUGACUUUCUGCGAGCCUGCGCUGAUCUUUAAGGCCGGGUUUAGCUCUCGUGCACAAGCACGUAAGGUCUACUACGACCGUGCCAAGGCUCUCUUUGACUUCAACUACGAGAACCGUAAGAUAAUCCUAGUCAAGGUGGCGAUCCUGCUCAGCUUUAAGGGCCCUCAGAUGGAUUGUUACUGGAAUCCGUGCUCGUGGAUUGAGAUCGGGGUGACCAUGGCGGUGGCCAUGGGACUGCACCGCAGGUCUAUUGCAAUGAGCGGGAACUCUCGUGACAAAGGUCUGCUUAGACGAUUAUGGUGGACAUUAGUUAUCCGUGAUACCCAUUGUUCCGCCCUUCUUGGUCGACCAUUUCGGAUAAACAUGUCCCAGGUUGAUAUUGAAAUGUUAGCGGAGGAUGACUUUCCCAACGUGCACACAUGCCGAUCACAAACAACGUCAUCAAGCUGCAACUGUCGCCAGUCAAUUGAAUACCAGAUACAGGCCACAAAGCUAUCCCUUAUUCUUCGAGAAAUCAUGUUCUUCCGCUUCGGGCCGACAAGUGGAAGCUCGACUACUAAUCACAUCCACGAGCAAUUGGACCGCUGGAAAGCACAGCUCCCCCCUCUCAUGCAGUGCCACAGGGGCCAAUUCUCUACGUCAAUCUUUGCUCUGCAACUCGACAUCCUGCUAAAUUACCACAUUAUGCUCCUCCACAUGGACCGACACCUAGAAUCGAAACCUAUUGACUCGUCACUCCCAACCCCAAUGUCUAGCAGCUACAACUCCACCGCAAUUACCGAGUCAGCAGCCCUAGCCGUUUCAUCAAGUGCUAUUAAGCUAAUGACACGGACUUCCAUCAGCGACGUUCCUCAUGAAGUCUUCCCUGGGUUUUUUGUGGCAGGGAUCGUCCUCUACCAACAGGCACAUCGGACGCAAGACAACCACUUCGCAAGCAUGGUCCGUGCAAGCUUCGAUAACUGCCAAAUGCUCCUAAGCCAAGCCCAAAAUACUUGGGACCCCGGGGUGUGGGCGAUGAGGGUAUUUGAGUUCCUUUUGUUUGCCGCCGACGCAGCCGACGCAGCAGAAGCCACAAGGGCAUCGGGAGACACUCACGGCUACCAACCAAACACUACAUCUUUGGACACUAACACUACUCCAUAUACACAACCUUCCCAUCCAAUGAACUCCGACAUGGAAAGUUCAAUCUGGUCAGACAUCCCCAACAUGGAAUUUGAUCGGAAUGUGACAAUGGAUUUGGCGGAAUACAUGCUUUUGCCCAAUUUUUUCACUGCACCGUUCGGUAACUAG